GCGGUACUUUCCAUUGGAACUCUGGUCCAUGGAACAGAUACGUUGCGUUGUUUCACAGCUUAAAUCGCUUGUACACGAAGAUGCAAAGUCAACCUAGAAGCGGAAAAACGAAGGAACGACUAUGCAUAUGCACAGCAGCUUGUCUUAGGAGGCAUCUCGGCAGUCUGCUACGCUUUUGUACAUGGCCAUAGAAAUGCAGGAUGGUUUUCGAUAUGGAAGCAAUGACCAGAGAAAGAGCAUGGAGGACUACUUUUUCUCAGCAGACUCGUACGGAAUUUUGAUGAUUAGAUUGAUGCACAGUAUGUGUCUACGGGAUAGAAAAGUGACGAGAAGAUUGUAAAGAAGUAAAACAUGAAUUGUUAGACUGCACGAAGGCACAUGCUCUUGCGUGCUAGGGGCAGCCAACGAGAUGUUGUUGAAGGUGUGUUGGUGCCCUUUGAAUCAGCUUGCCCAUCCAUGUUAUCUUCACCACACCAUGGGGAUCUCCUGAACACCAAAACCAUGACCAGCCUCUUCCUGCUCCUUGGCUUGCUUCUCACUGGCAUCAGCCCAAGACUCACCACCGCCCAUCUCGGACAGUUCAUCAAAAGCAGAGUCCUUGGGACUGAGACCGUCUCCACCGUUGGUGAAAGUAGCAGUAGCGGGCGGUGUAGCAGUCCAAUCACCACCGGCCUCAAUGGUAACAUCACCCACAGUCUCAGUAGGAGCAUCACCCCAAUCAACUCCAGCAGCACCAGCACCAGCAUCAGCAGCAUGCUCAUCCCAGCCACCGCCAAAUCCACCCACCACAGCACCUGGCUCCUUCCACGGCAAAGCCGAAUCAGUAGUCUGCUUGAUCCGACCCACAUCCUCGACCAGCUUGGCCAGCUUGGGGUUGGGCACUUCAAACACGAUACUGGUUCCGGAGGAAGAUUCUUGGAGGUGGCCGUUGGGGGCGAUGAAAGUGCGGUUGAGGGUGCAUUGAGGACAGAAGGUUGGGAUGUCGUAGGGAGGUUGGCCGAACUGGCCUUCGCCGAGGGGGCAGAGGGUGGAGGGCAAGGUUUGGAGGGCUGUGGAGCAGAGUUUGAUGUGGGCGAUGGAGUCCUGGUGGCCGCAGCGGGCGAAGGUAGAGAGGAGUCUGAAGCACAUAUCUCGUUGGAGUGUUGGUGGCAAGAUUGGGUCUUGGGUGUUGUUGCGUGAAGCUUUGAUUUUCUUUCUUGAAUGAUGAUUUUAAAGAUGACAUGUAUGGUGAUGGAGGAUGGGGUGGUCUAUGUACCGUAGUGUUGCUUUGUUGAAGGAGCUGUUUGUCUACAGGUGUUGUCACUGAUUCCGUUUGACUGUG